AUGAACACAACAUUCUUCUGUUUGUCAAUUAUUCUUAUUCUUAUUUCACCAAUUCAAUCCGCGAUUUAUCGAAGAGCAAUUCAAGAUUACCAUCAACCAACACAUCAUCAAUAUUAUUAUCAACAACAACAACAACAUCCACACGUAGUUCAUAAUGUUGUAACAGAUCGUUUAGUUGGAGGACCAACAAGUUUGGGAUGGGCUCAAGUUCCACAUGUUUUGAGCCCAAUGUUCUCGCCGGUUUUUGGUGGAUAA